AUGGUCUCGUGUCCCAUCUGCAGCAAGUCGGUCUCCAGCUUGAAGAUCAACGAUCACAUCGACUCCGAUUGUCAGAGCUUCGUCGACGAGCCAAGCUCAAGCGCAGAACCCCCCGCCUCUCAAAAAGCCCCUGUUCCUACCUUUUUCCAACCAGCCUCGGCUCGCAAGGCUUCUGUUCAGGGCACUGGAGCACGAGAACCCACGACGGAUUCCUCCCCGCUGCGCAAUGUCCACGGCAAGCGGACGGUCCCGCCAGCAGCAGCAGCAGCCGAGGUCUCGGGGAAUGCGAACGACAACCCAGGAAAUCACGAGCUACCGUCGGAGCCCAAGCGUCCCAAGAUGCACGCUUUUCAGAAAGUCGCACCGCUGCCGGAGCGGAUGCGCCCGCGAACACUCGAUGAGGUCUGUGGCCAGGAACUCGUAGGCCCAACGGGCGUGCUGCGGGGGCUGAUUGAGCAGGAUCGCGUGCCCAGCAUGGUGCUCUGGGGAGGCCCCGGCACAGGCAAGACCACCAUCGCCCGAGUCAUUGCCUCCAUGGUGGGGAGUCGAUUCGUGGAGAUCAACAGCACCAGCAGUGGAGUCGCGGAGUGCAAGAAGAUCUUCGCCGAGGCGCGAAGUGAGCUUGGUCUGACGGGUCGAAAGACUAUCAUCUUUUGUGAUGAGAUCCACCGUUUCUCCAAGUCGCAGCAGGAUGUCUUUUUAGGGCCCGUGGAAAGUGGACAAGUGACGCUCAUUGGCGCCACGACAGAAAACCCCUCCUUCAAAGUGCAGAGUGCAUUGCUAUCUCGAUGCCGGACAUUCACGCUCUCCAAGCUCACGGAUGACGAUAUCAAGUCGAUCCUCCAGCGCGCACUCCGCGUCGAAGGGCCCAGCUACUCGCCUACGGAACUGGUGGAUGAUGAAUUGAUCGACUACCUGGCGCGAUUUUCGGACGGGGAUGCACGGACGUCGCUCAAUCUUCUGGAGCUGGCGAUGGACCUUUCGAAGCGUCCGGGCAUCACCAAAGAUGAGAUCAAGCGGUCCCUCACCAAAACGCUGGUGUAUGACCGGGCGGGCGACCAGCACUACGACACCAUCUCUGCAUUCCACAAAUCCAUCCGAGGGAGCGACCCCGAUGCGGCGCUUUACUAUCUCGCGCGGAUGAUCCAGUCGGGCGAAGACCCUCUGUACAUCGCACGACGUUUGAUUGUGGUGGCCUCGGAGGAUAUCGGACUGGCCGACAACAGCAUGCUUACACUUGCCAUUUCCACUCACUCGGCCGUGGAGAAGAUUGGUCUCCCCGAGGCGCGGAUUAACCUGGCGCAUGCCACGGUGGCAAUGGCCCUGUCGAAGAAGAGUACCCGUUCCUAUCGAGGCCUCAACAAUGCCUUUGCGGCUCUGGCCGAGCCAGGAGUCGCCGGGCUACCCAUUCCGAUCCACCUGCGCAAUGCGCCGACUCGGUUGAUGAAGGAGCUUGGGUACGGGAAAGAGUACAAGUACAAUCCGAACUAUGUGGAUGGAGAAGUGGUUCAAGACUACCUCCCUGGACCGCUUCAAGGGCGAAAGUUUCUGGAGGAACUAGACUUGGGAAGUCAAGUUGAUCCAGAUCUGAUGAGUCCAUCUUCGCAACAACAACAACAAAACCUCACAAUGGCAUCCUCCGGCCAACCCUUCGGCUCCCGCUCCUACGCGGCAGGCAAGCUCCCCGACCGCUCGCUCAACGCCGCCAACGCGCUCCCCUUCAGCGCAUCCUCCUUCACGCGCCAUCGCGGCCUAACGGGGGGGAUCCCUUCCGGCGGCGGCGGCGGCGCCGCAGGAGGGGGGGACUUUGGGAGCGACCUGAACAAAGCCAGCCACCACCAAGCGCACACCCACCAAGGACCUGGGGUAGGAAUAGGAGGAGGAGGAGGAAUAGGCGGCUCCGCUCCACCGCCGCCGCCGCUUCACUCGCAGGGCGCCCACGGGCCUUCCUCCGCACAAGACACGACGACGAACCCAUUGAGUCGAUUAACCGAGGAACAACGUGAAGAGAUCAACGAAGCUUUCACCCUCUUCGACCUCGAUCGAGACCGUCACCUCGAUUACCAUGAACUCCGCGUCGCCUUUCGAGCCCUAGGCUUCUCCCUCCCCAAACAAGAACUCAUCUCCCUCUUAACCACCUACGGCGUCCCCCGUCCACAAGUCCAACAACAACAAGCAGCCCAGCAACAACAACAACAGCAGCAACAACAACAGCAGCAACCACCGCAACCCCUCCAGAAAUCCGCCAAUCACAACAACCCGCAACACCCCUCUAACCUCCUCAUGCCCCUCUCCGCCUUCCAGGCCGUCACCGCCCUCAAGAUCCUCGAGCGCGACCCGCGCGACGAGAUCUUGCGCGCCUUCGAGCUCUUCGACGAAGGCGGGAAGGGGUACAUCGAUCUCGAGGAUCUGCGGCGCGUCGCCCGCGAGCUGGGCGAGACGGGGCUCGAGGAGGAGGAGCUGCGCGCCAUGAUUGAGGAGUUUGAUCUGGAGGGGGUGGGCGGUGUGACCAAGGAGGCGUUUGUGAGUAUUUGUUGGCAGUGA